AUGAAUGUUAAAGAUGAGGAUGGUGAGACGCCUCUUAUUCAUGCUGCAAGGCAAGGGCAUAUUACUACUGCUAAAUACCUCUUCGAACAUGGGGCUGAUCCUUCGCUAUCGAGUGAGGGUACUGGAAGCCGUGCAGAGAUUAUGAUGGAGGUUAACAACAGAAGGGAAAAAGAAGGUGGGAUUAUUCCAGAUCCAGAUAUAGGCACUUUUAUUAAGGUAAUUGGAGAAGUUGCUUUUGUUGGGUUUGAUGUUGCAAUACAAACGGAUAUUUCUGCUGAAAAAAUGUCAUUUGGCGUAUUGGGGGUUAAUCCUCAUAGAAGAGCUGAGCUAAUUAAGGUUUUAGAUAUUGAUCUGUCAUGGAGGAUGCAUAAGGUCUUUAAUGGUCAGCGAAGAAGAGUGCAAAUAUGCAUGGGCCUUCUAAAGGAAGUCAAGAAAAGAAAGAAAAAUAUAAAUGGAAUGAAGGGCCAGGUCAAUAUAAUAGCUUUAUGA